GUGGCAUUCGACGUAUCAGAAAAUGCCUUAUCCGGCAAGCUCCCUAGUAGCCUCGGUAGUUGCAUUAGCCUUGUUGGACUAUUUAUGGGAGGGAACAAUUUCACUGGAGUCUUUAACUAGUUUGAAUUACUUGCAACUACCUCGUAACAAAUUAUCUGGCCUAAUUCCGAAUUUUUUGACUAACCUUUCAUUGAUGACAUUAGAUUUAUCUUAUAAUGAAUUUGAGGGAGAGGUCCCUAGAAUUGGGAUUUUUGCCAACUCUAGUGCCAUUAUAGUCGAAGGGAAUAGGAAACUUUGUGGUGGGAUUUCUGAGAUACGUUUGCCUAGAUGUCCGAAAAGAGAAUCAAAUAGAAGGGGUAGAUUCUCCGUUGCUGUGAUCUUGAUUAUUACAGUGGCUUCGUUGAUCGUUGGUGUAUCGAUAGUGGUAUCAGUAUACUUCCUGCUUUGUACGAGGAGGAAAUCCGAUAAACUGUCUCAUACAUCAUUGUAUAAUGCGGAGCACUUCUCUAGAGUAUCAUACGCCAUGCUUCUACAAGCAACAGACAAUUUCUCAGAAGCAAAUUUACUUGGUGCUGGCCAUUUUGGUUCUGUUUAUAAAGGAGUUCUUGAUAUAGAGGGCAGUAUGGUUGUGGCUGUUAAAGUAAUCAAUCUUGAAAUGGAAUCAGCUACGAAGAGUUUCAUGGCUGAGUGUGAAGCAUUGAGAAAUAUCCGUCAUAGGAACCUUCUUAAGAUUGUCACUGCUUGCUCGAGUACUGACUUCCAAGGUAAUGAUUUCAAGGCAUUGGUUUACGAGUUCAUGCCAAAUGGGAAUCUUCAACAAUGGAUUCACACCGAUCAACAUGAGAAAUCUUUAAGCCUCCUACAAAGAGUAAACAUCGCAAUUGAUGUGGCAUGUGCACUAGAUUAUUUGCAUAGCAGCUACGACGUGCCUAUAAUUCAUUGUGAUCUAAAACCAAGCAACAUUCUGCUCAACAGUGAUAUGGUUGCUCAUAUUGGAGACUUUGGAUCAGCAAGAAUUUAUUUCGAUACAACUGCAAAUAAUAGUAGCUCAGUAGCUGUUAAAGGGACAACUGGUUAUGUUGCUCCAGAGUAUGGCCUAGGAAGCAAGGUAUCUAAGGAAGGUGACGUUUACAGUUACGGCAUUGUGUUGAUAGAGAUGAUGACUACAAAAACUCCUACUGAUAGGAUGUUUGAGGAAGGUUUAGACAUGCAUAAUUUCGCAAAAUCGGCGUUGUCUGAGCAUCUGAUAAACAUAAUUGAUCCAAGGCUUCUAAUUGAUGGUACUAGUGCAAGCAAUAAAAACGAAGACCAAAAGUUGGUAGGAAAUGAAAGCACUAAAAUGAAGUGCUUGAAGUCUCUCAUUGAAAUCGGAGUAAAAUGUUCGGUGGAAACACCACAAGAUCGCAUGAGAAUCAAAGAUGCUAUCAGAGAGUUACAAUUGACUAGGGACAUGCUUCUUACAAACUGUGUAUAAGUAUCCCCUGCAUAGUAAACUUCAAGUUACAUUGUAUCUUUUAUUUGAUUUUUAAUACAUAGUAUCCAGAGUAUUCCUUAUAUUCAUAUGAAAGCCGAAUUUCUUCACCCACAAACAUUUAGGUCAAAUGCAGGUAGGUCAUGUAUUGUAUGUGUUACAAAACAUUGACAAAAAUAUUCCAUAAAAUCAGAUUGUGUGCAAGUAUUUCUAUUUUUUUUGAAACUGGUGUUGGACAAAGGGAGAAUAGGAGAACAACUAUUAUAUUUUCUUACCAUUGUUUUCUUUUACCUUACGGAGUAUCUUUUAAUUACAAUGACGAAUGUCAAAUUAACUAACAAGAAGUCAAGAAUUAAGGUGCUUAAUCAUCGCAAUCAAAAGAUUGAUACAUACUCAAUUUCCUUAAUGAGUAUUUUGCAAAUAAUAUGUCAAUUUUAUAUAAAAUGAAAACAUUGCAAGUAAACAA